AUAGCCGCACUGCUCUAACGCCAUUGGUCUCUUGUAUCUGUUGACGCAAAGUCGGUGCAGAAGGGUUUUUAGAUUAAAUUGAUGAAUAGAUGAGGUGAAAAAUAUGCAAUUAGUGUUCGAAGAGUGCACACAAAACUCCUGCAUGUACCCAGCACAUAAAGUGCAAAAAAAAAGGGAAUAGAGAAGCCGACGACAAGCAGCAGAAUUUGUAGUACUACAAAACCAACAAGAACAGCAGCUAAAGUGGCCGGGUGACACCUCGCGUAAAUUGCAACAAACGACGAGGAGAAGCGCAGCGCAAAUUGCUCAUGCGCGAUAUGGCCGACUUAGAUGCAGUACAUCUCGGCUUGGACGAGAACGAGGCGGACAUUGCCGAGGAGCUGCAGGACUUUGAUUCGUUUGACACACGCAGUGAAGCUUCUAAAUCCCGAGCUGGCUCCAUGGCCUCCGAUUCGGAGCCGAGCAUUAGUUCGGUGAGCACGGCUCCCUCGUCCACCAGGAGCAGCAGCAAACGUGCCAGUAAAUCCAAAAGUGGCAGCAAUAACAAAUCCGUCAAAGAUUCCUCGUCUUCUGGCAAAUCAACGAAUGCGAAUACAGCUAAAGCCAGCACAAGCAAGGGCAGCAGCAGCAGCAAAUCUUCGAAGAAGCCUUCAAAGCGUUCCGCUUCGCCCGGCGAUCUCAAUGGCAAGAAGAAAAAGUCCAGCCACAGCAGCAGCGGCAGCGAAUCCUCAAAGUCCAAGUCGAAAGCGCUCGACGCAGAUGACAAGUCCAACUGCAAGUCGCAGGAUGGCCAGGAGCCCGAGACGAGCAACAAAAAGUCGCGCGAAAGAAGCAAGAAAAACCACAACAGCAGCAGCAGCAGUAACAAUAACAGCGCCAGCACUUCAGCAGCAGCUGCUGCCGCUGCUCUCGCGGAUACGGGCAACAAGAGCGAUCUGAGCGAUGCGGAGGAUGAGAAGCCUAAACUGCUGCCCGUCUUGGAGUCGGACAGUGAGUCCUCUGAUUCGGAUUCGGGUACACAGCACAAACGCAAUGGCAGCACUCGCGGCAAGGCGGCGGCGUCCUUAGCGCAAAACAGCUCAAAGGACUCCACGCCCGAGAAGGAAGCCCAGAAAUCCUAUGACUAUAUGACGAAGCUAAACUAUCUGUUCCGCGACACACGAUUCUUUCUGAUCAAGUCCAACAACAUUGACAAUGUGCAGCUGUCCAAGAACAAGAACGUUUGGGCCACUCUGCCCCAGAACGAUGCCAAUCUGACGCAGGCCUUCAAGGAAGCACGCAAUGUCCUGCUCAUCUUCUCCGUUAACGAGAGCGGCAAAUUCUCGGGAUUUGCGCGAAUGUCGACGUCAUCGCGACGGGAAAUACCGCAGGUGGCCUGGGUGCUGCCGCCAAGUAUAUCAUCCAAGGCGCUGGGCGGUGUCAUCGAGCUGGAUUGGAUCUGUCGCAAGGAGUUGCCGUUUAACACGACACUGCAUCUGCACAAUUCGUGGAACGAGGGCAAACCGGUGAAGAUUGGUCGCGAUGGCCAGGAGAUCGAGCCGAAAAUUGGCGCCGAAUUGUGUCGCCUGUUUCCCGAAGACGAUGAGAUCGAAUUGACGCCCAUCUUACGCAAGUCGAAGGAGACGGCACGUGUGAUGCGCGAGAAGGGCAUCCAUGUGAUCUACAAGGCGCCGCGCAGUCUCUCCACCCGUGGACAUGGCGGUGGGCGUGGCAACAAUCAGCUGGGACCGAUGCGACAUCGACGCAGCUAUGGCCACAAUGCCCCCCAUCAUCAUCACCAGCAUCAGCAGCAGCGACCCUAUCAUCGGCAUCAUCAUCAUCAUCAUCAUGGUAUGGGCAUGGGCAUGCCAGGUGGUGGUGGCGGAGGUGGUGGCGGCGGUGGUGGAUUUAAGCGCAAUGGUUCACCCUAUCGCCAAAUGGCUGGCGGUUCAGGUUCCGCUUCAGCUGAGAUGAACUCACCGGGUUGGGAGCGUUACAUGUCCUCGGCGGACAUGGCCAAAGCGUACAUGGCCGACUAUUUUCGCAAUAUGCACGGCCAGCUGCCGCCACUACCGUUCGCGCCACCCUUUGGUCAGAUGCCAAUGCCGUCGUCGGCAGCAGGAGCUGCUGGCGCUCUGCUACCCGGAGCACCGGCAUCGAUGUACGAACAAUUGCCGCCACCGGUGCGGUACUAUGAUGGACCGGGUGCACCACCGUUGCCGGAUUAUCCGCCGCCGCAGCCGAUGCGACCACCGCCGCCGGGUUUCGAUAAGGCACCGAGCUAUGAGGAUUUUGCGGCCUGGAAGAAUGCCGGUUUGCCAACGGUGGCAACACCGCCCGGCUUUCCCAAUGUGUACGCCAACAAUGGUGGUGGUGGCGGGGGCAGCGGCAGCGGCAGCCUUGCAACAAGUGGCGCCGUCGGAGGUGCAACGCUGCCCAGCAUCAAUGCCGGCAAUCGGGGGGAGAAUGGCAACGGAUCCGGGCUAGGCGGUCGUCGGCGCGAUUAUGGCGGUGGCAAUCGCAGCGGCGGCGGAGGCGGAUCCUCGCGACAAUUUCGUGGCGAUCGCGGUGGCGGUCGCAGCUAUCGGGAUGGCGGCAGGCGUUGAAUCUGUGUAUCGAUUUUGAGUAUUCUGUUUAACACACACACACACCCGGGUCUCUAUUCUCGAUCAAAAUAAGUGCGCGAAAAGUAUCCAAUCCCCCACCCCCAAAAAAAUCCUCCUACCCCCCGGCAACUUCCCCCAACACACUCUCUCUCCAUGCUGAGAGUGUCGCGUGUGAAUCGAAGCAGAUGUCUUCAAAAAUGCAAUGCAAAAAAGAAAAAGAAAAUGAAAAUCGUAAAAAUUAAUCUAAGUGCAGCAGCAGCAGCUGGAAUUAAGCAGCGCAAAUAAUCGUUAUCAGCAAAUCAAAUUCAAUCCAAUCCAAGUAUGAACGAAUAACUAUUUCGUCUCUUAUACAACAACAACAACACUCCAACUCUCUUUCCCCUCUCUUUGUCUCUCACAGUCUCUUGUCUCUCUCUCUCUCUCUCUCUUUUGCUUAGCCUAUUUGUCAUGCGAGAAGUUUUAUAUGAUUUAAACAAACUUACAAAAUAAGCAAAUUACACAACUACAACAAAAAUCAUAUAUUAAUAAUAUUAAAAAUACAAAAAAGAGAGAAAAAAAAAAUAUACCAAGCA